UAUUUUUGCAGAUGCUUGGUUCAUUUUGCCUGUCCAGGUCGAAACGUUCAAAUGGAGAGUGAAGCAGUGAAGACAAUCAUUAAUGAAAUCCGGAGCGUCCGUGUUCAACGGAACGCGAUUUAUGACGAACGACCAGCUGUACAGUCGGACUUCGAGUCAGAAUGGCGUGCCAAAGUUACACAUUUUCUCAAGCGAGUUCCAGACAUGAUCAGAAACUUGGACAAUGUCCCGAAGAAGCUAGAAAGACUUCUUGCGGCCGAAGUGCUGAUGUUUUUGGCGGAGCACAAAGACGAUUCGAUGCCUUGGGCUGUAACGAACGCUGAACAUACUACGAAUGAAGUUCUGGAAGUCUUGCUGAAGAAGUUUGAAGUGGAUUCGGUUUCUCAGUUGCUGCGAAGCGUCGGAAGGAACCAUUCCGUUCUUGGGCAAUGCUUGCUGAUCUGUAAAGAACAGUUUCAAGACCCAAUUUGGAAAGCUCAUCCUGCUGCGCCACAUGCCUUUUUAUGGUUGUUUUCUCACGCAAAGUUCCCGGAUGUGUAUCCUGAGAUCGAGAUAGUAUUCCCCAUAAUAGUCCGACUUCUGGAUGACUACAUAACGGAAAACAAGUGGCUGGGCUUACAGUGCUUGGAAAUUCUCCUCCAAAAUGUGACCCCGACGGAAAUAGCAAGACUUGGAAGAAGACAAGUUUUGUCCUCGUUGCUCAGAAACAUGCUGCUCAGCGAGUACGAAGAGCAGAGUCUUCGCACGUGCAUAAUCCCAACAUUCUGCGAACAAGACGCUCUUGUUUUGAAGGAGCAACUGACUGUGCGAUUAUUCAAAUAUGCUGCGGAGGCCGAAGGAGCUGAUGAUCCGAGCGACUGUUUGGUAGAAGAGAUGGACGAGGCUUUCGAAGGGCUGCUUCGUCGUGUCUGCAUCAUGCUUCCUGGUGCAAAGUUACGCACGUCUUUGACUGAUGUCAUUAUGGAUUACUUGCCGGUGUACAAGUUUUCUGGGCUCAAGUGGAGUUUGCUGAUAGUCGAUGCUAUUUUACCACCCUUGGAAGCACAUCCAGUAAAAAUUGAUGCUGUCCGCACAUUGAAAUUGGCAAUCGAGUUUUUAUGGCCAGUCUUGCCCGGACAAAUCGUCAAAAUAUCUCAAGCCGUGAGCGCUUGUGAGGAAACGUUGGACUCUUCAGCUGUUGAAAUCAAGAGAGAAAUUGACCUUUGUCAAGACUUCGUGAGAUCAUUGGAAACCACCAAAUUCAAGCGUCAGAUGGCCAGAGUGGUCAAGUGGACUUUGAAAACUUCCAUCAAACUUGGUUUGAUCGGAGGCGCCAUUUAUGGAACCAAGAAAUACGGCAUUUGGGAUGACGCUGCUCACACGAAACACUUGUACGAAGACAUGAAGGCGAACAUACCAUAUAAAGAAGAACUCGGCUUGGAUAAGCCGUUACUGCAAGGCUGGAAAUGGGACUCCCUGGGAGACAAAUGGAACAGAGGAGUUUUUCGCGUGUUUACCUGGCUUGCCAACUCGCCGGAAAUUAUGUCACAAUUGAGUUCUAAGGCCUGGGAGACUACCAAGGACCUGACUUACGGAUUGAUGACCAUCAACGAACAGGAUACUCAUUCUGCUGGAGCAAAGGCCUAACGUGAACAUGGGGCCCCUUUGAUGUGAAAUAGUUCGAAAAUUUGGAAUGCUGCAUAGCUGAUUGUGAUUGUCUUGAAACCCGUGGAUUGUAAAUCAUUCUAAUGGAAUAAAGUUGAUGAUUCACGAUAAA